AUGGCUGAUCAACAGGACUAUCUCCGUGCUUUACUUAAUGAUUCUGGUGAACCGACCUGGGAGAGGGCAAUUGCCAAAGCCAGAGAAGAAGUUGAUGGGUUAGAUAAUGUCACUCUCAACAUUGCUGUGACAGGGGAGACUGGGGUAGGAAAGUCCUCCUUCGUUAAUGCCAUCAGAGGUCUUAAAAAAAAAGAUGUAGGAGCUGCACCCAUUGGAUUCACAGAAACCACCAUAGAGCCCACCAUGUACCCCCACCCAACCAUGCCCAAUGUGAACUUCUGGGACCUGCCAGGCAUAGGGGGCCCCACAUUCAAAGCAAAAACCUACAUGAAAGAUGUCAAAUACCAAAACUAUGACUUCUUUAUCAUAGUAAGUGCAUCGAGAUUCAAAGAGAAUGACAUGAAGCUGGCAGAAGAAAUCAAGAAAAAGAAAAAGAAUUUCUACUUUGUUCGCACAAAGAUUGACUUUGAUGUAUCACGAGAAAAGGAAGACGGUGCAUCAAAAGAGGAAAACAAAAUAAUAGAGGAAGCAACACUUAAGAAAAUACGGAAGGACUGUCUGGACAAUCUCAGAACACUGGGACCCCCUCCUGUCUUCCUCAUUACAUCAGAUGACCUGGAAAUGUUUGACUUCAAGAAACUGGUAAAUGAUCUGGAGAGAGACCUUCCAGAUAACAAGAGAAAUGCUCUGGUUAUGAGUUUGCCUGUCUAUUCCAAGGAGUGUCUUGACAGGAAAUACAGUUUAUUCAAGAAAGAAGCAUGGGCUGUGGCCAUCACAUCAGGUGCCAUAGCGGCAGCCCCAGUACCAGGUCUGUCAACUGCAUGUGAUGUUGCCAUGGUAGUGUCUUUCCUAACCAAAUGCUACCAUUCAUUUGGUCUAGAUGAUGGAUCACUUGACAAGUUAUCUAAGAGAGUAAACAAGCCAAUUCUGGAAGAGGUUAAAAAAUCAAAACUUGUCAAGGCGAUUGCAAAAAAGAAAUCACUUGCAAUAAACGUGGCAGCAAGACUUGCGGCAGCAGGUGUUAUUGAGGCACUGUGCCUCCUUGUGCCUGGUGCUGGCUCCAUAGCAGCAGCUGCAGUAUCUGUUGUUACCACACAAUCUGUGCUCCUGGAAGGGUUGAAUGAACUGUAUAGUGUAGCCAAAAGGGUGCUUGAAAUGGCAGAACUUAAGUAG